GAACUUCCUGUCAUGUGAUAAUGGAGAAAAGGGGGCGUGGCUUAAGACCGGAAAGCGGAAGUGCCGCCGUUGGGUUGGCGGAGUUCGUACCAUAGAGGAACGACGGCGGCGGUGGGAAGGGGGGGGAUAGAGCGGCGCUGCGGGGGGAGCGCUGUGAGGAGCGGCGUAGGCUUCACUAGGCCCGACUAGGCCGCACUAGGCCUCACUAGGCCGCACUAGGCCCGAGAUAGGACCGGAGCUUACCGGGGGUUGCUGUGAGGCCUCGGGGCCUCCCCAUGGAUCCGGUGGGUGAAGAUGGAGCGUCUUCGGGUCGGUUGAACCCGGUGGAGACUCUUCAGGAAGAGGCGAUCUGCGCCAUUUGUUUGGAUUACUUCGUGGAGCCGGUGUCGAUCGGUUGCGGCCAUAAUUUCUGCCGGGUUUGCAUCGCUCAGCUGUGGGGAGGAGGAGGAGAGGCCGAGCUGGAAGAGAGCGGAGGGGCCGCGGCUUUGGAGGAGGAGGAAGAAGAGGAAGAGCUGGAGGAGGAGGAGGAAGAGGAGCUGGGGGAGGAAGAGCUGGACGUGGAGCAGGAGGAGGAGGAGGAGGAUGGAGGAGGGGAGGAGGAUGACGACGACAUGUGGAGCGAGAAAGACACGGAGGGCACAUUGUGGGGGGACCCCGUGGAAGAGGAGCUGUGGGACGGAGGAGGGGUGCAAGGAGAGCUCUACUUUGGGGACGACGAUUACGAUGAGGACGUGAUGGAGGAGGACGUGGAGGAAGAGGAGGAGGAGGAAGACGAAGCUCAGAGCCCUCCGCCCUCCCGCCCUCGACGCCUUCAAACCUUCACCUGCCCCCAAUGCCGCAAAACCUUCUUCCAGAGGAAUUUCAGACCCAACCUCCAGUUGGCCAACAUGGUGCAGAUCAUCCGACAGCUCCAUCCUCACCCUCAACGCCUCGCUCCACCCGCCAGCCCAUCAGCUUCAGGGGGUCCUGGGGGGAACACGGGGAUCCUGGCGGCAACGGGAGGUCGGGGGCGUCCGAAUCUUUGUGAGAAACACCAGGAACCUUUGAAGCUGUUCUGUGAGGUGGAUGAGCAAGCGAUCUGCGUGGUGUGCAGGGAGUCGAGGAGCCACAAGCAUCACAGCGUCGUGCCCUUGGAGGAGGUGGUGCAGGAUUAUAAGUACAAACUCCAGAGUCACUUGGAGCCGCUGAAGAAGAAGCUGGAUGCGGUGCUGAAGCAGAAGUCGAACGAGCAGGAGAAGAUCACAGAGCUGAGGGAGAAGAUGAAGCUGGAAAUCAAGGAAUUCGAGUCCGAUUUCGAGCUGCUCCACCAGUUCCUCAUUGGGGAGCACGUGUUGCUGCUGCACCAGCUGGAGGAGCGCUAUGAAAGCCUGUUAGCCCGGCAGAGCAGCAAUAUCAGCCAGCUGGAGGAGCAGAGUGCAGCCCUCAGCCGCCUUAUCGCGGAGGCAGAAGAUAAGAGCAAACAGGACGGACUGCAGCUGCUCAAGGACAUCAAAGGCACUUUUAUCAGAUGUGAGAACAUAAAGUUCCAGGAGCCUGAGAUGGUGCUGGUGGACGUGGGGAAGAAAUACCGCAACUAUUUCCUGCAGGAUGUGGUGAUGAGGAAGAUGGAGAAAGCCUUCAGCAAAGUCCCACGGGCUGACAUCACACUGGAUCCUGACACCGCUCACCCUCGCCUCAGCCUCUCCCUGGACCGUCGCAGCGUGAAGCUGGCAGAGCGACGUCAGGAACUCCCCGACAACCCCAAACGUUUCGACUCCGAUUACUGCGUCCUGGGAUCCCAGGGUUUCACCACAGGUCGUCACUAUUGGGAGGUAGAAGUCGGGGGUCGCAAAGGUUGGGCGGUCGGGGCUGCACGUGAGACGGCUCGACGUAAAGAAAAACCCAUGGGGCCUCAUCCAAAAAGGGAGAUCUGGUGCGUUGGCACUAAUGGGAAGAAGUACCAAGCGUUGACGGCCACGGAGCAGACGGCUUUGUCACCCAGCGAGCGACCCAGGCGCUUCGGUGUCUACUUGGACUAUGAACGGGGUCAGCUUUGCUUCUACAACGCUGAAAGCAUGACCCACAUCCACACCUUCAACGCUUCCUUCCGUGAGCGCAUCUUCCCCUUCUUCCGAAUCCUGGCUAAGGGCACUCGUAUCAAAAUCUGCACCUGAUGACCCUCCAGCUUCUGAUUUCAUCUUUUCUCCCCCUUUUUGUUUUUUUUUGCCCCCCCUGCCUCAUCUUUUGGGUCUCACUUUGGGACCCAACAGCUGCACUUGUUGUCUCGCACCUGCUUGCUCACAAGGCCUCUCCCCUCCUUUCUCCUGUCCUCAUCCCAGCUCUUCUAUGGGGUCACGAUCCCAGGCUGUGGUUUGGUUUGCAGAAGGGAUCCAAUCUCCUUGCUGGAGGUUUUCCCUUCAGCUCUUGGUGCUAUGGGCUCCCCUCUUGCCUUUCCCAGUCCUCGCAGCAGCUUUUCAAUGCGCUCUGCCCUGUUUUAUUUAAAGCCUGUGGUCGAGCUUUGCGUUGUUUGCUCUCUGGAUGCAGAGCUCGAGUUGAGGAUGCUGGGCUCUGUACAUUGUGCCCUAUUGGACAUCACUUUCUUAAAGUCACUCAGAUGCACCAAGGAGCCUCAUUUCUUUUUUAUUUUCCAGUUUUGGGGCACCACCUUCUGUCGACCUCCCACCCAGCCACCACUUGGACCUCAAACCUUCCUACUUUGCUGCUUGCCCACCUUCCCCUUUUGCUCUUCCUCCCCGCUCUGUGGUUGGGGUCUCCAGCUCUCCCCCUGCCCCAUCAUUCCCUCGCCAACCAUUUCUUGUGGGCCUGGCACUUUAUUUAGGGCCACGUAGGCCAGGGAGGGUGCAAAAAAAGAAACCAACCAGGCAACUUCCACCCCUGAGGCCACUCAGAGUGGGAAGCAGCCUGGUUUCCCCUCGCAGCUUAAGGAGCUCUCUGAGGUGGGGAUAUUUAUUUUCUCUUCCCUUUUUUCAGCUGCUUGUUGAGUUUCCAGCUGAAUCCUGUCCCACCGGAGAGACUCUGAUCGCCCCCAGUUGUGUUUUACUUCUUUUUUUUUUGUUGGUGGAUUGGUAUUAUUAUUAUUAAUUUUUUUUUUUUCCUGUUGGCGUUACAGAGCUAGUUCAAAAUAUUUUUGGCUAAAAUAAGAAUUAAAUGGAGAUCUAGUUUUUUGAAAUGUUGAGAAAUAAUAAUAAUAAAGAAUAAUAAUAAUAAUAAAGAAUAAAAGUUUUAAAGCUGA